AUGCUUAGUAUAAAUCCGACUUAUUUCUAUGAGAUAUCUGUUACGAUAAAUAAUGUUGAAUUAUUAUCCAAGGAAAUAUUUGGCAAUUUCAUGGAGAUUGACUUAUUAGAUGGUCUUAAAGAAAUCCAUUAUUAUUUGGCCAAGUUAGGAGUAUCAAUCAAAGAAGUGUUAUUUUUUGCGUCUAACAUUCUUUCGUAUUUUUCUAAAAAUCACAAUGAAUUUGUCAAAGGAAGGAAGAAUGAUCUUGACUCUCGAGGAAAAAUUAAUAAUUUAGCUGAUCCCCAUUUAAAUUAUAUUGGCGAAUCCAUCGAAAAGUGCAAAAUAUUUGCUGAUCUAUUCAGUGAAUUUUACAAAUUUCGUAACAGUGCGAUUGCGAAACUUGAAGAGUCACUUCAGAAUAUUGAAAAUAAAACGGAAAAAAACAUAUACGAACAAACGUUAGAAAAAAAGAACGAGGUCGACGAAUGGGUUCAAAAAUCCAAAGGACGCCUUCGUCUAAUUACAAAUUAUAAGAGGAAAGCAGAUGAAGGAAACACUAGUUUAAAAGAAUUAAAUGAAAAAGGCUAUAAAAAUUUGAUUAUGGAUCGUCUGAUUGUCGAAUUGGAAUGCAUUAAGAAUAGAUUGGAAAUUUUAAAAUCGAAAGAAGUAUCAGACUUUUGGAAACGAAUUAUCGACGAAUUUCAAAUAAACAGAGAAUUAAUGAAGGAAAAUUUAAAUCAUGGCGAAUUAUAUGUAAAAGAGUAUGCAAUUGAUCAUACAAUUGAUCACUGGUCAAAAAUUGGAUACAUUAUUGAUACUUUUUGCCAAAAUUGGGGAUUUAAAGUUGUGGAAUUAUAA